UUAGUAUUACAUUGUGCACUAAAUGUUUUGCAAUGUUACUACUUAUGGCACAUCGGUCAACCCUGCAGUUAUCAGGCAACUAUUUAUCCUGGCAAAAAAACAAAUACAAAAGCUGUUAUGGGUUACUCCCACACACAUACUUUGGGGCUUAGUUUAGCUGCUUUCCUUUGACACCCACUUUUUCUGAUUCCACCUUUAUGUGGAAAAGGCCGUUUAAAGAAAUAAGAAACUUCCUUGAUCUGCACAGUUUUUGUAUGUAAAAAAAAAACAUCUUAUCACAAAUAUGUCAGGAUCAUUUCAGUUAGAAACCCAACCCUGCCUCACGCCCUUCCCAAUUCUUGCACACUGAGUAAGUUAAAAAGGAGUUAAAUGUUUUGGUUUUAAAGGGGCGUGACCUGUAUUUCGUAAGUUUUGGGUUAAGGUUAGCAAUGAAAGCACUGACAGCAGCCUUGCAUCCCUUCUGGUAAAGCGCGUACACACAGUUCCUCUUUAUUACGAUGCACUUUCCGACACACUCCUGUACAACCUGAACUUUUCUAACAAUACAAGCAAUUUGAAGUAAGGAUCCUGAGGGAGGCAAAAGGCAGGACUGGUCCUCACACUGUCUUCCUGCGGGCACAACAGGCGCCUUGGAUAAGGGUUCAGUCCAACCAAACAGACCUCCCAACAACAUGAAUCGCAAAGACAGCAAAAGAAAAUCUCGUCUGGAUAUUCCUUUCCAAACUGUGAGCAACAAUGGAGUUAAUACCCUUGCCAAGGGCCGUCACAGUCGGAGGAGAAGGAUGACCUGCCCAAGCUCUGCUGAUAUUAACAAGGCCAUGGCAACAGUAAGCCAGGCCCAGCUUGGGAAGGGCUGCAGCCUUGAAGAACUUAUUGAAAUAUGCAUACAAUCAUUUGAUGUGGAUGGCAGACUGUGGAGGAAUGAAGACACCGUUCACAUGACCCUUGUUAUGCACAGCUGGGUGGUACCAUCUGCUGAAUUUGCACAGAAGCUUUUUCAACUUUAUAAGGAUGCAGCUAAUAGUGUCAGGAAGACGUUGAUCCGUCACUUACUGUGGUUUUGGAACAGCAACUAUCCAGAAAUAUUCCGACUUGACAGUAAAUUAGAUGAUAUGAUGACUAACUUUUGGGAGAAAGAGGGUGGAGGGCCAUGCCAACAUCAGCUAAUUGACACAUCCCAAGGAUUUGACCAGGACAUAAUCAGAACACUUCCAGGAUCCCCAAGUUUCAAUAAGAAACGGAAAGUCUCUCUUCUUUUUGAUCACUUGGAGCCUUCAGAACUGGCUGAUCAUCUGAGUUACCUUGAGUUUAAAUGUUUCUGCAGAAUUUUGCACAUAGACUUUAGAAGUUACACUCUUCAGAACUCUCUCCGAGAGAUUCCUCGCCUGGAAAGAUCAGUCACAUUGUGCAACAGUAUUUCCCAGUGGGUACAGCUCAUGAUUCUAAAUCGACCGACGCCUCAGCAAAGGGCAGAGGUGUUUACUAAAUUUAUCCAGGUGACACAGAAGCUUCGUAAACUGCAGAAUUUUAAUACACUCAUGGCUGUGAUUGGGGGGCUUUGCCAUAGUGCCAUUUCAAGGCUGAAGGAGACUCAUAGCCAUCUAUCACAGGAGGUGCUAAAGACAAUGAGUGAGAUGACAGAGUUGGUUUCCUCCAGCAGUAACUACAGUACAUAUCGGAGAGUGUACAAUGAAUGUGUAGGGUUUAAAAUACCCAUAUUAGGGGUGCAGUUGAAGGACCUGGUUUCCCUAAAUGAAGCUUUACCUGAUUACCUGGAUAAUGGGAAGUUUAAUGUCAGCAAACUGCGCGGUCUGUAUCUCCACAUUCUGGAAUUGCUUCAUCUCCAGAAAACAGUUCCAAAAUUCAAAGCUGACAAGGAUGUGAUAUUGCUUCUAACAUCAUCACUUGACCUGUUUCACACAGAAGAUGAGAUUUAUUCUUUGUCCUAUGCAAGGGAACCCCGGAGUCACAAAUCCCUGGCAUCUGCACCUUACAAACCCUCCAGUGGGAUAUUGCAGUGGCCCCAUACAGUCCCCUUGCAGUCAGACUCUGAGAACCUUAGUCACAAUGUGGAACAAAUGGUGGAGUCUGUUUUCCAGUUUUAUGACCCAGAGCAGCGAGGAUAUAUUUCUCUGGAAGACUUUGAUAAAAUUGUUGCCAGCCUACCUUUCUCUUGUCACAUUUUGGAAAGGGACCAUGAUGGGCCAGUAAGUCGCCAGGAGAUGACUUUAUACUUCAGGAAAGCCAGUCACAUCUGCACCAAGUUGGGGGUCAGCUUUCUGCAGAGUGUGGUGGAGACUCGGCUAAAGAAAUCACCAUUAUGUGCAAACUGUAUUUGGGCUGUGGCUAAACAAGGUUUUGUUUGUGGAGUUUUAGACAAGGAACUAAUGAAGAGCUGGUCACCUGAUGUAGUCAGUUCUACAGAAGUGAAUUCUGAAUCCAGAGGCCAGAACAUAAAAACACAGUGCCAACAGGCUACCCAGACAGAGGGGCCUCCAAAUGCAGGUUCUGCUCACUAUAUUGCUGUAGAAAGCCCAGCUGUUGCCAGAUCUCCCUGUGAGAAUUUCUGCAGAAGAUCACAGUCAUUACUUGUCCAACUACAAGAACUGGAAAAGGAAAGAGACAAUCUGCUUUUAGAAAAUGCUGGACUACAUAGCUCCAAUUCUGAGCUGUUAGUGGAAAAUGCCAGGCUGCAGAGCCAGCUGAGUGGCUUACAAGAGGAUAUACGGGCACUGAAGCUGGAUUCAAGUAUGCAGCCUUCUGUCUCUCCAAUCCUUGAUCCCAUGGGCUCACUCCACCUUCAGUGCGAUGGAAAACUCUGACCUAUAAACAAAGAUAUGAAUCGGCAUCUAAGCAGAUAUCACCAACCAAUGCAUAUGAAGAGCUUUGGACUCUACUUUGCAGCAUCUCAGAACAUCAUGCUGCAUGGAAUGCAGUGUUCUGUUUUUCCAGUGACAUUAUGCAACUGUGAAUCAGAAUGCUCCAUGGGUUUGGUGUACUAAAAGUAAUACAUUUCUGAGCAUUUAAUUUAUUUGGAAAGUUAAGGUGCUUUAACGCCACGCAUCUGCUUGCGUGGAGAUGAUGUACUCACUGGUGCCUUGUAUUCUCAGAACGCUGGCAGAAUGAAGAUAAGUGCACUUCAACCAGUAUCUUGUUAGUCUUGACUUGUAAUUCUUGUGUACAAAAAUAUUUGUGCGAAUUUAAGUGUGCAACACGAACACAGCUUGGUACGUUUGAACUUGAUGGACUUUGGUCUGUUAUCAACCCAACGUAACUAUGUAAUUAUGUAUCUAAGGCAGACUAAGGUCUGAAAGCACUUAUAUCGUACUUAAUGUGGUUGUAUAAACUAUGUUACAUAUACAUAUGUGCAUAUAAAUGUUCUGUGCACACCAUAAUUUGAGUAUAUUAAAGUGUAAAAAUUAUAGUACUAAAUAUGGAUAUUUUU